ACCCUGUGAGACUCUGCUGUUCUACUUGUCGUGUGCGUCUUCUUGCUUUGUAAAUACAUGUUUAAAAUCCCCGCUUUUGGGUCAGACAUGUGAGAUGAGCACAGUAAAGUUAUUAAGUGUGUGGAUAAAUCGACAUUUGAAUAGUCGCUGUUUUAAUCGCUGUGUUUUGGGAAACACGUGGAUAAAUGAUUAUGAUGCGCCACCAUGUUUACUGCGUCCUGGGAGACAUUACGGUACAGUUCCCGAGAAAGAAGCAGGCGAUCAUCCUGGGAGAAAAAGAGGGCUAAGGGCUGCGGAUAUCGCAGAAAAGCUUCGGAAAGGUGAAAAAGAGAAAGAUGCAGAUACAACAAAUAAGGUUCCGGUGUCUCCUGUACAGCGUAAUGUGGCCGAACUGAAGCAGUUCACUCAGCAGCUCCAGUCUGUCCAUCCAAAUGUUUUCGCAAAAGCACUUUCUAAGAGUAUUCUGUACCAAGACCAAAACCUAAUCGCUAUAAAUAAACCCUAUGGAGUCCCAGUUUACAGUACUGGAGGCAUCAGGAACAGCAUUGCAGCGAGUCUGCCAGUCCUGGCCAAGAUUAUUGAUGGUGCGAAAGCAGGAUCCGAGCUUCACGUCUGUUACAGUCUCGAGAAGAACACCACAGGCAUUUUGUUCCUGGCCAGGUCAGAGGAGACUGCAGAACAAAUACACAAUCUCAUCAGAACGCAUCAAGCAGAGAAGAGAUACAUGGUGAUCACUGUUGGUGUCCCAGUUCCUUCUGAAGGUGUGAUUGACAUCCCCAUCAUUGAGAAGGAGGUCAUGGGGGACCAGCAUCACUUCAAGAUGGGUCUGAGUCCGCUGUACAGACCGGCUGAGGAGGGAGGCGGCCUGGUCCGAGUGAGAGCUCACCGGCAAGCGCUCAGCGCCGUCACACGCUACAAAGUCCUGGACAGCAGCUCAGGAUGCAGCUUGGUGGAGCUCCAGCCAAUCACAGGAGUGAAACAUCAGCUGCGGGUUCACACGGCGCUGGCUUUAUCUUGCCCCAUUCUGGGAGAUCAUAAGUACGCCCACUGGAACAAGCUGGCUCCUCAGAAGUUACCGGAAGGCGUGCUGCGGCGACUGGGACUGGAGCAGAGCAAAACCCGACACCUUCCUCUCCACCUGCAUGUCCGACAGAUCACCCUGCCAGGGGUCAGGGGUCACGGUGACCUCACGGUAUCCUGCCCACUUCCCAAGUUUUUCACAGCGGCUCUGAGAAAACUGCAAAUCGAGCUGCCUGAGAAGCCAUAAGAGAUGAGAACCACUUGUUAUCUCUCUAACUGGAGACUAAGGCUUACAAGAAGUCUGAAUAUUGGCAUCAAAUAAAGUGAGAAUAGGAUACGCCGACUGGACGUGGCGUGAAAGACUCAACCACACAGAUCAAAUUGCUUAAAGCUAGGUCUGCUGGACUCGGGUGAUUGAAGGGACCUCGUUUUCUACAGUUUGUGCAGGAUAAGAAUUUUUUAGGAUUGUGUUGAUGUCUAAUUAUUUAAUGAAACCCUCAAUAAAUUG